GAAACCGGAUGAAUGCUACCGCGCAACACGUACUUACAACAACAUUCCCAUGUUACCCUCGGAUUCUUAAAGCUUCAGGAAACCCACCGAAUCCGGUCCGAUAACACCAGCAACCAGCUUCCACCAAAAUCAAGAGAGCUCAGGAGCUAUGACGUACGACAACGAUGCUGAGGAAAGAGGCACGUCCGGCUCGCGGACCCCACUUCUAGGGAGAUCAGCACAUCAGAGGAUAGGACAGGAAGGCGAAGGAUCUAAGUGGACAUUGAUGAAUGUGCUACAGUUCUUCUGCGGUGGCAUCUAUGCUCCUGACUCCACCACGUACGACCCCCUGGAGAUAUUGCUCAAUACCGAAGACACAGACGAGCAAGACGAGCUCACAACAUUAUGGAGAGACAACAAGCUGAGUGAGCUCAACUUUGUCGGCGUUGUGGCUGCCCUUUUGGCUGGCGUUCUCACGUCCACCGGGAGCUGGCCGAACAUCCUACCAAAUGGAAAAGAAUCGCCAUGGUCUGUGCGCACGUCAUGGUACUGCGGUAUUAUACUGUCGUUGUUCAGCAUCCUUACAGCUGCUGAUCAGACCGUACGACUGCAUCGCCUUUCAUCACAUCGCGAUGGAUUGGCCAAUAUUCGGAAGCUAAUUUCCAAGACGAAUGGCGAGAGAAGCCAUUCAUCCAAGACCGGACGUCGGACACCUAGCUUGCUACAGAUAGUCACAUGGCAAAUGCCGGUGAUGUUCUUGACCUCAGCUACUCUUUGUAUGAUUGUUGGAAUGUUCUUGCAUGUGUGGUCUGCGACUACGCACCUGCACCAUCCAACACUGUGGGACGAUAACACCAAGGUUGCCGUAACGUUUAGUACUGUCGCUAUCCUCGCAGUUGCGCUGUUCUUCGUCGGUCAAAUCUCGCUUUACUCUCCAAUUCGACAUUGAUGUCACGUACACUGAACAGAUUUGGAAUUCUGGGGGAGCCCAUAAUCGGCUCAUACCUUCAUUCCUCAGUACUACCAUAGCGACCAUUAGCAACGGCAUCGUUCUAAUCUCAGAGACGUCUCUUUAUUACUCGACUGCUAGCCGUCCCCAUUCUGAUUG